CGCCAUUUCCUUUUUCACCACACGCUCGGGCUUCGCUCAUUGGCCCGUACGUUGUGCCAAUCACGAAUUUUUGAACGCGAAGCCCCGCCCUCUUUCUGCGGCGUGUUUCACGGACACCGGACGGCUCCUCACGGUAGUACGGCGUUACAGACAGCCGUGGUGACCCUGCUGACCGCUGGUAAUACCGUCCGCCUGCCUGCCAACGGCACAGCGAGGUACCGGGGGCCAUCGCGCGGGGCGGGUGUUGAGGCGCAGGGUGGAGCUGCGCAUGCGCGGCCCGGGGUUGUUUUUUUUGGCGGGGGUUUGGUUGUGUCGCACUGGGGCUGUGAGGUGACGGCUCGCUCACACUAAGCUGGUCCCCCGUGCCUGCGGCUUGAAGUCAAAAAGAAUCUUUCUUUUACAACAUAAGUUUUCCUGACUCAUCCCAUUUCCGAAGUAAAUAAUGGACAUCACUGAGACUCCUACAGCAGCCUCCAUCUCAGAAAAUGCCCAAGAGAGUGCAAUAGAAAAUUGCUUUCCCCAGCCCUCCGAAAACCAGGAGCCGGAUCAAGGAGCAAAGCAGGGUAGGAGCACCAAGAUGGGAAAAAAGACCAAGAGAGCUUCUGAUGCCUCCUCUUCCUCUGAGGAAGAAGAGUAUGUUGUAGAAAAGGUCCUUGAUAGGAGAGUGGUGAAGGGACAAGUGGAAUAUCUCCUCAAGUGGAAAGGAUUCUCAGAGGAGCACAACACAUGGGAGCCAGAUAGAAACCUGGACUGCCCGGAGCUCAUCUCUGAAUUUAUGAAAAAAUACAAAAAACCCAAGGAGAGUGAACCUAAAGCCAAGACCGAAACCACAAAAAGGAAAGGUGUCAAUGAAGAGAUAAGAACUAAGAAGAGGAGAGAGAGUAAUGAUAUAGCCCGUGGCUUUGAGAGAGGUCUGGAACCAGAGAAAAUUAUUGGUGCUACAGAUUCAUGUGGCGAGCUCAUGUUCUUGAUGAAAUGGAAAGAUUCAGACGAAGCUGACCUGGUACUUGCUAAAGAAGCCAACCUGAAAUGCCCCCAGAUUGUCAUUGCAUUUUAUGAAGAAAGAUUGACUUGGCAUGCCUACCCUGAGGACACAGAAAACAAAGAAAAGGAAGCUGUGAAAAGCUAAACUGCUCUUUUUACAUGUGUAUAUAUACUGUCUCCUUAUUUACUCACAUACACACAUUCUCCCCACUCUCCUUACCCACCCUGGUCCAAGUGUUAUCAAGAGGGGGGGUAAAACUUUUUUUGUUUGUUUGUUUGGUUUUUUUCGCAUUCAUUUGUUAAAAUAACCCUUCCACCUUGAAACAGCCCAGCAAGGGGCAUUUGCACAAGAUCUGAUGGCCAUGAGAUGCAAGGAGUGUGUCAUGGCAAUUCUUCCAUUCUUGGAAAUGAGGCACUGUAGAAUAUGGGGAAGAUACGUUAUUUGUUUUUACCCAUUUCUUAAGACCAUGAAUUGUUAUGCUAAAUGAACCUCUACAGUGUUGAAAGUUAGUGGUAAAGGGUAUUAAUGUUAAUGGUUAACUUUUUGGGUGUUGAUUGGGUACUACUUGGCUCAAUUUUAAAAGGACAUCCCUCGAUUUAACAGUGAUAUAUUGUGUACUGUGAAGGGAAACCUUGCUGCUUAUUACCAUUUGGACUUUUUGUUCUAUGAGGGAGAAGACUGUAUUUUUGUUUUAAGUUUUUUUUAUAUAUAUAUAUAUAUAUAUCUAUAUAUGUAUACUUUGAUGUUCGGUCUCUUUGCAUUUCCUCGUUUUUGUGCCUGAAAUGAGUAGGGUUCAAACAACCACAAGGAAUGAGAACUUCACAUAACAAGAGGAAUCAACUCUGCACAUUGCUGUGAAACAGUACCAGAAAUGUGAAUGAAAAAUACCUCGAGAGAAUACACUAAUUGCAUGUGGUUACGGGAACCUACACUCUAAAGGGGGAGGGGGGGACCCCUUACAGGUUAUUGGUGGGGAAUGUUAAGAGACAGUGUGGACUUUGUAUGUGUGGUUCAUUUCAUGUGCCAUAUUUAGUAAUAGAAUGUCAUGAUUUUUAUAUCUGAGGCCAUAAUGAAUGCCACAAAGAGUAUUGUUUCCCAAGUAUGGAACACCUAUAGAGAAUGUUGUAGUGAAGCUUACUGGGGUGUUUGUUAUAUUUUUAUGUCUGUGUAUUCCCAUAUAAAUCUGCAACUGGGGUUUUAUACAAUUUUGAGGUAACCAGAUAAUCAAUGGUAAGCUCCCUGGGUAUGGACUCCAUUUCCCACGUCUCAUUUGAUGACUUGUACAUGCUAUAUUUCAGAGCAUUGUAGUUAGACAGCCAUGAAGUAGUUAACUUUGUGAUAUGUAUGAAAGGUGCAAUAUGAAGUAUUUUACUUCUGCAGGUACCGUGUCAGUUUCUGUCCAUUUAUUUGAGCAGAACCCAUUUUAAAUAAAAGCUGCUUAUUUUAACAAUGAAUGCUGGUGUAGAAUUGAUACAUCUGUUAUAAAACAAAUACUCGUUAUUUUGCCAAAUGUCACCUUUUUUUCUCUUUGUGUCAUUCACCCAUUAAUUGGUCAUUCUGAUAAAUGAGAUCCUAGAUAUUUUGACCCUAUUUAAUCUUUCCGGUCAGGAAUUGUUUGUUUGUUUUUGGAGGGGGAAGGGGUUAUUUUUAAAUUUGGCAAAAUAUCUGAGCACUUACUCUUUGCAAAAUUAUUUAAAACACAACUAUUAAAUUUUUACUUCUUGUUUUUAAG